GAUAAUAUUUCAAGUCCAUUUAACUGAUUAUUAGCUAUAUUGUUUAUUACUUAAUACCUUGUAUACAUAUUCUUCAAGUUUGAAAACUAACACUUAUAUAAUUGUAAAGAAUUAUAUAUUACAAUAACAAUUCAGGAGCACUUUUUGUAGAGUGUAAGCUGCUGCUAUUAAACUGCUCUUUGGGAAAGUGCAAACAUAUUCUUUAAUUUUGGUAAGAUAGUGCAUGCAGAUGCGCGCUCUCUCUCUCUCUCUCUCUAAUACAUAAAUAGAGAGAGAGAGAGAGAAUUUUAUGCAGACAUAAUAAUCAUUAGGUACACAGCUUAUAAGCAAGGAAUGCAUUUUUUGUAGCAGAUACAUGGUUUAUGAGCAAGCGAUACAUUUGAAGGCAGCAGGAGAUGAAGAAGCUGAAAAAUAUGAAAGGACAUUUAUUCUCCAAUUAUUAGGAACUUCAAGCGUAACAAAUAGUUGUGAGCUUCUCAAGCAAUCGGCAGCUGAUUACAUAAAAAAAUUUGACCUUUCAUCACAUUCUUUUCCCCCACAAGAGCAGUUGUGGCAGCAAUAUUGCAGUAAAAUUCCCCCAGAACUAUUUAAGUGCUUGUUCAAGGACAACUCCGUGAAAAAUGUGAUGCCUGAUCCUGAUGUACCCCAGGGAUGUGAUAGUAAUUCGCCAGAGUUUGACCUGCAUCCUGGAGUUAAACCUAAGAUUGGAUCUGGGGUUAGAGAAGAAUCGAUAGCUGGAUCAUUGUCAUGCCUUUCGUUGGAAGGAUUAGGUCCUCAAUGGAUCAGGCCUUUCCCGCCAAGGCUUCCUGUACUGAAUGGGGAGCUGGUGUGGUUGAAUCCAGACAGCAAUCAUGAACUUUUAUGGGAUUAUGGGAUGUGUGCUGGUACUAGUAGAGGAGCAGCAGUUAGAGAUCUAAUUGCAAAAGCUUUAAAGGGGCCACUUGCCCCUGCCCAGCAAGAGCAAGUUUUGGUGGAGUUGGCAAAUGACCCGAAGCUUGUAUAUCACUGCGGACUGACACCAAGAAAACUACCGGAUUUAGUGGAGAAUAAUCCAAUCAUUGCUGUUGAAGUUCUCAUCAAAUUUGUGAAUUCACCUGAAAUUCCAGAAUACUUCACAGUACUUGUUAGUAUGGACAUGAGUCUUCAUUCUAUGGAAGUUGUUAACAGGCUGACUACCACGGUUGAACUUCCCACCGAGUUCAUACACAUGUACAUUACAAAUUGUAUAUCAUCCUGUCAGAGCAUCAAGGAUAGGUACAUGCAGAACAGACUUGGGAGACUUGUUUGUGUUUUCCUGCAAAGCUUGAUUCGAAACAAAAUAAUUAAUGUUCAUGACAUAUUUAUCGAAGUCCAAGCAUUCUGCAUUGAGUUCUCACGGAUCAGGGAAGCAGCAGGGUUAUUUAGGCUUCUUAAAACCUUGGAAUAGAUACCCUUCAUUUGCUUUUCAUCUCCUGACUUUGUUCUACCCCCCUGAAUAGUGUUCUGGAUUUGUAAGUUUUGUUCUUUCCGGCGCAUAUACCACAUGGCUUUUGCUAACAUGUUUCCUAGCUACGAUGGUGAAAUGCUAGAUUUGUAUAGGGAUGCAGGUAGUGGACUCUGUCUAGGCAACUUUCAAUUUGUUUGAUUACAGGCAUGAUUUUCCCCUAUUUGAGUCAA